AUGUCACAGCUGGGUCCGGCUACCUAUCCAUAUGAAAUAGUUUCUAUAGAUACGAUCGGAGGAUUUGGAGGCUCUCGUUCAACAAAAAAAUAUUUACACCUGCUCGUUGAUCACUUUACAAGAUACGCCCAUAUCCUGACAUCAAAAACUCAAAAUGCGAACGAUUUCAUAAAAUUAAUACGGAAUACAACAACAGACAACAAAAUAGGCAUGAUCCUGGCAGAUCAAUACCCCGGCAUAAAUUCGAAAGAAUUCAAAGAUUUUCUGGAUAAAGAGAACAUCAUACUAACAUUCACUGCAGUGAACGCACCUUUUUCUAACGGACUUAACGAAAGAUUGAACCAAACUCUAGUAAACAAAAUAAGAUGUAAAAUAAAUGAAAAAAAGAGAAAGUCUGCCUGGACAACAAUAGCACAUGAAUGUGUAGAAAAAUACAAUAAGACUGAACAUACAGUAACAGGAUUUUCUCCACAAUGCCUAUUGGAAGGUACAAACACAGCAAUAAUUCCUGAAGAACUAAAACUCAAGACAACGCACAGAGAUCUACUUGAAGAUAGGAAAACCGCCUUAGAGAAUACAAAAAAGUCUCAUGAAUACAAUAAAAAAAUAUUCGAUAGAAACAGGAAAUAUCAUCAAUUUAACGCAGGUGAUUUAGUCUAUGUAGAGAAUAGCCAUAGGCUAAAUAGAAAAAAAUUGGACGAAUUAAAAAUCGGACCGUAUACAAUUACAGAAAAGGUUUCAGAUUCUAUCUACAAGUUACAGACAGACCGAAGAAAGUCAGAAUCGCUGUUUCACAUUACAAAGUUGGUACCAGCUAUAUAUGAUGAUCAAGAAAACUAA